UUUAGUUCCGGUUCACAUGAGCAAAACGGAUACAAGCUGAUACAAGCCCCACAAGCUGCAUGAAAAAGCAAACGUUUCGUGUGUGUUAAGGACUGGAAGCUUUUACUGAGCGAUUUUAAUCCAUAGUGUAUCAGAGGCGAAUUUGCACUAUUUAUAUUCAUUAUUUACCUCAAGUGAGCAUAGCUGACGAUAUUUAUCUGUAACGUUAAUCAGUGGUGUUUGUUAUAGGUAACGUUAACGUAACUUACGUAGAUGUCUGCCACUAGCACAGUCACAGAAGAUGUCCCAAAAUCAGAGGAACAGCUCGACAGAAGCUCGGAUAAUUUAACGUUAGACUGCUCUAGUCAAGCUGAAUCGCCUCUCCAAGGUCUGAAAUUGGCAUCACACGAAGUACUCGAAAGAGCACAAACGCACGGCAGGAUAAAGUGUUCUAAAUGUGGUGGGUCAAGGAUGUUCUUCUGCUACACGUGUUUCACUUUAGUCGGUGUGAACCAGCAGGAAAUUCCCUUAAUUAAGCUCCCGGUCAGAAUUGACAUAAUCAAACACCCCAAUGAAACUGAUGGAAAGAGCACUGCGGUACAUGCCAGACUCCUCGCUCCCGACGAUGUCAACAUUUACACUUACCCUUGCAUACCGGAGCUGGAUGGUGAUGUGCACAAGGCAGUUUUGGUUUUCCCUGGACCUGACUCAGUGACUCUUGAAGAGAUGUCGGAGCAUCUAAAUGACAUAAGAACAAACUCAUCUGAUGAAGCAAGAGUAAAGAGACAGAAGAUCACAGAAGAGACGGAAGACGAAGUAAAUCCACAGUCCUGUCCUCUAGAAAGAGUCAUCUUCAUCGACAGCACAUGGAACCAGACUACCAGAAUAAUCACAGAUGAACGACUCGAACCUCUGCUACGGGUUGAGUUGAAGACAAGGAAAACCUGUUUCUGGCGUCAUCAGCGAGGUUCACCAGACACAUAUCUUGCUACAAUAGAGGCUAUUUAUUACUUCCUUAAAGACUAUCAUACUCUGUGCCUCCGGAAGGCGUACAGUGGUGAAUAUGACAACCUUCUCUUUUUUUACUCCUACCUCCAUAAAAUUAUCAACAAAGCAAAAGUAUCUGCUGGAAAAAUAUGAGCAUUGAACAGCUGGACAUUACAGAUAGUCCUCUUGCAAUGCACAUCCUGAUGAUCUCAAAACAUGCCAAUGCACAGUUGGUGUAAGGGACAGCCAAGUGUAUUUACAUUUCAGAACACCAUUACAUCAGUACACUGGUGUCAUUUCUUGUGCAUAAUGGGUAAACACAAAGAGAAUAUUUAACAGAAGUCAUUGUGAAAUACUUUUAUUUACAAAUCAGAAAACUCAUGCAACUCAGUAAAACUUCCAUUGAUUUUAAAUUUUGAUUUGUAUUUGUCGUUUAUGUUAAUUAUUUUGCACAUCUUUUAUACUCUUGCAAGAUGUACUUACUUUAUCAGACUAAUGAUUAGCUCUGGGUUUGAAUGCACAAUAACUCUAUGCCAUGGAAUUGAAAUACAACAAUCAUACAUUCAUCAAUUGGAUAUGGACAAGAUCAAUUAAUAAAUACACAUAGUACUGGAGCUAUAUGCUGGAGCUAAUAGAAAGCUUCUCUAAUUUUACCCUGUAAGCUAUCACAUGUUUUCUUGGCAUCUCCCAGCAGCAUGGAUGUAUUGGGUUUGUAGAAUAUGGGGUUGUCCACUGCAGCGUAGCCCACACCAAGAGUACGCUUCAUCACAAUCACCUGAUGACAAAUGAGAUUGUUAUUGGCAAGCAGCAAGGUUGUUGGAUGAAUGAUGGUUAAAGCAUGAUUCAUAAAUCAGAGUGGUCUCACAGGGCCUCCCUGGGGCAUGACUGACGUCCCAUUGGCUGGCCAUAGGUGGCUGAGACCACGUCAUGUCAUCACAUCAUGCAAUUCAGGGGGAACAUUCAGGGGGAGUUUAUACUGUACCUGCUUUGACUUCCAGACCUCCAGCACAGGCAUUCCAGCAAUUAUGGAAUUUGGGUCCUCUUGGGCCGCAGAGUUUACAGUGUCGUUGGCUCCGAUGACAAGAGUCAAAUCAGUCUCUGUGGACAAAAAAUUAGUUUAAACAUAAAAGCAUCCACUAAAACAAGCAAGCAAGCAAACAAACCUAUGAAGAGGUAAACUAGCACUAGCGGUUCUCAUUCAUCCCCAUAUAAUCUAAACAGAACCAUGUGUCUGAAGAUUUGCGUAGGCUAAGAAGGUGGUAGUUAUAAAAACAGACUGUUGCUCUCAAACAUUGCAUGUCUAAACAUCAUUAUAUGAUGAACGUUAAUUCAACUGUGAUGCCGCUAUUUAUUAUGUCGGAAUCAAUGGACAGACACCUGUGAAGCUGGAUGAUUGGUCUGUGUGCUGAUCCUGCGGAAUUACCCCGACUCUUAAACCUCCCACUAUUUAAAGAGGACACUCAUGGAAUUACAGUUGACCCAUUUGAUUAUCACCUGGGAAGUCCUCAUUGAUCUCAUCCAUUUCCAGCACAAUAUCAUAAGGAACUCCAGCCUCAGCCAAAAGGACAUUCAGCUGACCAGGCAUGCGGCCAGCCACAGGGUGGAUUCCAAAUCUGACAAGGAAAAGAAUAACUAAAUAAAUAAAAUUUGUUAGGUUCAUUUAUUAGCUACGUUUAACACUGGAUUUAGAUGGUUUUUAAUGCUGUUUUCAGCUGUUAAUGAUGACGUGUAAAUAAAAUAAACACACACAAAAUGAAAUCACA